AUGCUCAACAAUUGGAAAGGAAAAUUUAAAUUAAGAUAUUGUAAUGAAAUUGUUAUUCGUUUCAAACCAACAACUAACGAAUUUUCUUUUUUAACCAUUUCAUAUAAUGGUGAUAAUUUCCUUGCUCAUGGUUGCCCAACAGAAACUUUUCUUGGUUACAAUGAUGAUAUCAAAUAUAUUACUGAUAAAUAUGUUUUGGAAAAAGGAAUCAAACAUUCUAUGCAAGAUCAAUCAUAUAUAUUAAUACCUAUUUUUCCAAGAAAGCCAAAUGAUACUUUUUUUGUUUGUGGAACGUUAAAACAACCAUCACAAGAUGAUUUACAUUUUGGAUUUAAAUUAAAAGAUGAUGCGUAUUUUUUUUAUUAUUAUUUGAAAGAAAAAUCUUUAGAUGUUUUGGAUCCUUUUUGCAAAAACAAUGACAACAUGUAUCAUACUUUUAACUAUUUACAUUAUAACUACAAAUUUGAAAAGAUCAAAAUGACUGAAAUUAAUGCCUCCGAUGAAUUGUAUUAUGGUAGCAAAACUGUGGGUUACAAUUUUAAAGAUUUCACAGAUAGUAAUUAUGAUAAAAAAGUUGAUAUUAUACCUUUAAUUUUAAUAACGAAACUUCUUAUGACAGAAAUAUUUCUGUUAAAUGUGGUUUUGAUUUAA